AUGUCUCAUGGCGCGUGCGGCCAGGGCGACGGCCGGCGUGGUGAGAGCUGCAACAACGCGCAUCGCAAGGCUGUCGCCAGCCGGCCGCUCGCUUUCACGACGGCGUCCAUCAAGAAGCGGAAGCUCGCCCAGGACCUGCCCCCCGAAGCCUCAGACAACUGCUCGCCGUCCACCCCAAAGCCUGCGCCCACGUCGGCCUUCGACCCGCCGCCGCCGUCAGCGUCGCCGCGCUCCUCUCCUCACCCGCCCUCCGUCGGCAGCCGCACCUCCGCCUCGCCGCCGCGCUACAUCCCACCGCAUCUCCGCGACGAAGUAUUGGAGCCCGUCGCCGAGUCAUACGGGCCCUCCUGGGACAACACAGCCAGCGGCGGCAGCUCCCCCAGCGAGGCAUACGCUGGCCUGAGCUUGGAGUCCACGAAUAGACCCGGCGCGCCCGCAGGAGAUCGGCGCGGCUCCUCCGCAGUGCCAGAAGGCUCCCGCUUGCAGAACCCCCCCUCCGGCGCCUCUGUACGCUCGCCCCCGCCUCGAUCAGCAUCCCCCGCAAAGAGAUCCGCGUCCGAAAUGGCUGGAGAGAACGACAGCAGGGAGCAGAUGGAGAUGGAGAACGGCACCGCGAGGGACUCCUCGGUGGACAUGCUCAGAGAUGAGCAGGCCCAGCCCAAGGACCAGAACAGCGGUGCCAGCUCCGACACCGCGUCCAUGUCCGUCAACGAGUCAAACACCGUAAGCACCUCGGCCACCAGCGACGCUGCUCCCUCACCGCCAAACCCCAAGGAACAACCCGCCUCCAGCGCUGCUGCGUCAGGCCCCUCGCUAGAUGAACAGGUGGUGCGGAUCAUGACGCUACACGAGGCUCUGCCUCAGGAUGGUCAGAAGGGCUAUAUUGUCAGCAUGUUUUGGCUGUCGCGUGUUCUGUCACGCGUGUCUGACAGCAAGCAAUUCGGCCCAUUCGACAAGUCGGCCUCAGAGGGUGAGGUAGGCCCCAUCAACAACGAACCUCUCUUUGAUCAAGAUGCCUCGGCCUGGGAGCAAGACCACGUCAGUGAAUCUUCCGGUCAGCUGUUCGUGCCCAUGAAGCCGGGCCUUCAGAUUGGUGAAGACUACGAAGUUUUUCCUGAGGAGGCAUGGAACUUGAUGGUCGAAUGGUAUGGCGUGAAGGCGGGUGUGCCUCCCAUCAUCCGCUAUGCUCACGAUACCGCGCCCCCCGGCUCUGGCGUGCAAAACGUUCAGUACGAAAUUUAUCCUCCGUUCAUCUCGAUCCGCAAGCUGCGCAAUGACUCGGAAGCUAUGACUGCUCAAAGAAUCAAGGAAAAUUCUAGCAACGCGGUCAGACUACUGUCAAGCCGGAGCGAGAGGUUUCAGAAUUUUUUGAGAAGGGCGAAAGAGGCAGCUGGAAUCCCUGUAACCACAAAGGUACAGAUCUGGAGAGUGUUGGAACCCAUUCAGACCGGCCCCGCAAGCCAACAAGAACCCAAGGCCGAGGUGCUCACUCCGGCCACGUCCCGUAACAGCUCUCCCGCCAGGAUGCCCCCGACUCCGCUGCUGAUUGACCUGGCAUCAUUCACAGCCAUGUCUGAGGGCACUCAAAGGGAAAUGGUUGACCACAAAGACGAGACAAACAACCCAAAGUACAACGGUAGCGUCAAGAUGGAUCUUGUCGGUUUGAACACCAGUCAGGUCCUCAUCUUAGAAGAACAGAUUGGUGGCCCUGCUGGUGGUGAGUUUGUUUCGGAUAAUGCGCGUAGGGCGGCGUCAAAACACGGCGUCUCACUCAGCACCAGUAAGAUCCCGGAUUCCAGGGGGGAUAGUGGACGCAGCAGCCCAGCGCCCGGUGGGCCCAUGACGCGUGGACGGACGAAAAACGGCAGAACACGUGGGACUGUUGGUUUGUCCAACUUGGGCAACACCUGCUACAUGAACUCUGCUCUGCAGUGCAUCCGUAGCGUUGAGGAGCUCACUGCUUACUUCAUGCAAAAUAAGUACAAGGAGGAACUUAAUGGAGAUAACCCGCUCGGUCACGGGGGUGCCAUUGCAAAGUCAUACGCAGGCUUGCUCGCAUCCAUCUAUGACGAGUCUUCUCCUACCUCUUUUGCGCCCAAGAACUUCAAGUAUUCGCUCGGACGUGCGCAGCCAAUGUUCUCUGGCUAUGGACAGCAAGACUCGCAGGAGUUCCUCAGCUUCUUAGUGGACGGUCUUCACGAGGACUUGAACCGGAUCAUCAAGAAGCCAUACAUUGAGAACCCUGAUUCGGAUGACAAUACCCAUAAAGACCCGGAAGCCAUCAAGGCGCUUGGCGAGAAGUACCGCGAGAACCAUCGUGCGCGUAACGACUCAGUCGCCAUGGACCUUUUCAAUGGUUUCUACAAGAACACCAUGGUCUGCCCGGAGUGCGACAAAGUCAGCAUCACCUUCGACCCUUACUCCUCCCUCACUCUACAGAUGCCCAUCGAGAAGAACUGGCAGCAUAGCAUCUACUUUGUGCCUUUGGUCGGCCGACCGGUACAGAUUGAUGUCGACAUAGAACCUAACAGGCCACUCUCAGCGAUCAAGGAAUUCAUCGGGCAGCGCAUCCCGGGUGUUGAUCCCAAGCGUAUCAUGAUGUCCGAGAUCUACAGCCACAAGUUCUACAAGCACUUUGAGGACAGACAAGCCAUAGUAGAAAGCAGCAUCCAGGAACGCGAUGAAAUUGUCGCCUACGAGCUGGACGAUGUCCCCACAAACUGGCCGCCUUCGAAGAAGUCUGGUAAAACGAGGCCUAGUUAUCCCUUCAACCAAUCCGAAGAUGACGAAAUCCCCGACACCGACUCUCCCCUCGCGGACAAGAUGGUGGUUCCUGUGUUCCAUCGUGUUCGCAAAGUUCCCUCUAACAAGUGGGAUGUAACUCUUUGGCCAACUCACAUUCUCGUCACGCGCGACCAAGCAAAGGACUCUGAUGAGAUCCUGCGUAAGGUCAUUGGCAGAGUGGCUGGAAUGACUACCAGGGAGAUUCUCAAUGUGGACGGUGCGGCUUCCCCACGUGAUGAGUCGGACACUGUAGUGACAGCGGACGAAGAUGCCUCUUCUAACGCAGAUGCACGUGUCCAAGCAAACUCGGUUGAGGGUGAUGAGAGCAUCGUGGAUGUCACGAUGACCGAGCCCGGAGAAGUGGAAAAGGCCAAAUCGGACGAAAACACCGACGAUGAUGUUGCCAUGCAAGAGCAGAGUUCAUUGCCGCCAGUGCUGCAGCCCGGUAGCUUCAUUGCUCCUGAACUCCGGAGGCUCUUCACCUUGAAGUACGCAAAAUUGGGCAAUGACAUCCUUCCGACUGGCUGGAGCGGGCUUGACGCUAGGGAGUACGCCACUCUGGAUUCUCGCAUUCCGACGCCCACAAGCCGCCGUUCAUCUAUCCAGUCCACUGCCAGCGGCUCGACCCAAGCAACUCAGCGCUCCGGUACUCCCGAAAGUGAUGUUGACGAGGAUACCCCUCAGUUUUCCAAUACCAUGGAGUCAUUCGAGGCUGAACCGAGCGAAGACGAGCUUGCACCUGUAUCGAUGAACAAACAGGCCAACCGCCAGAAGUUCCAGAACAAGCAAGCCAGAAGAGUCAAGGGUAAGAAGGGCAGAAAGAUGAAGACUUAUUCCCGGAAGGAUCGCCGCGCUGGUGCCAACGUCAGGGCCGGCUCCGAGCCCGUGUCUGAGCCUGAUGGCGAGCCCAUGCUUCUCCGCCCUGGUGAAGUGAUCAUCGUGGACUGGGAGAGUGAAAGCUUCGACGCCCUCUUCGGUGGUAAGAUUUCGGACAAGAAUGAGAUGCGCGGCAUGGGCACUUGGGAUCUGACCGAGACUUUGCCUGACGCCGAUCUUGCGGAAAAGAAGAAGAAGCGGGCGGCGCGGAAGAAGUCGGGCAUCACGCUUGAGGAUUGCUUUGCCGAGACUGCAAAGACCGAGAUCCUUUCUGAGGAGAAUGCGUGGUACUGCAACCGCUGCAAGGAACUUCGCAGGGCAAGCAAGACCCUCGAGAUCUGGACUGCUCCAGACAUUCUCGUCGUUCACCUCAAGCGCUUUGGUGCCAACCGCGGUUUCCGGGACAAGGUUGAUAUUCUCGUGGACUUCCCCAUUGAAGGCUUGGAUAUCAGCGAGCGUGUGGGCCUUCAUGAAGGCAAGCCUCUGGUCUACGACCUCUUUGCCGUGGACAACCACUUCGGUGGCCUCGGUGGAGGGCACUACACUGCUGUGGCAAAGAACUUCUACGAUGGGCAGUGGUACGAUUACAACGACUCGAUGGUCAGCAAGAAGAGCGCGUCGAACCUCGUCAGCGGCGCCGCGUACCUACUCUUCUACCGCCGUCGCCGCACCGCCGACGACGCCCCUUUAGGCCCGCCCUACCUGCAGGAAGUCGUCCGCCAGGCGUUCGCCCCCGCAUCUGAAUCCGGCGACGACUCGCCGUCGGGAAACGGCCAGCGUCUCGGCGGCUCAUCCCCGAAUGGGUCGCCGAGAGACUCAAGCGCAGCAGGAGCUGGUCCCCGGCGCGCGGCUGGUUUGGCUGGCGUGACGACGACAACGACAGCCCUGACGAAUGAUGACGACGACGACGACGACGACACGGACGCCCUGCCGCCGCCGUACGAGGACAACGACGAAGGCAUCUCCAUGGACGUCGUCCACAAGCCCGCCGCGGGCGGCGGCCUCACCGCCGCCACGCAACCUUCGUGGGACUGGCCGAAGAACUCGCGGCAGCAGCAGCAGCAGAUGGACGGCGGGGCCGACGACGGCGACGACGACGACGACGGCGACAACACGGACGUCGCCAGCGACGUCGCAGCCAUGCCCGAGUCGGCCGGCAGCGACAUCGGCGACCGCCUGAUGGAUUUCGAGGGCGAAGAUGGCCUGCUGUCCGGGCCGGGCAACGUGACGCCGGUGGAUUCGGAUCACGAGGGCGGCGGCAGGGGCGGGGCGGAAUGCCCGCCCGCGCUGCUGAACGUCGGCGCGGACUUGGAGGCGGAGGCGGAGAUGCCGGAUUUGGAGGACGACGUGGCGGAGGUGCGGGUGGAUGAGAAGGACGUCAAGGUGGAUUAG